ACAAACACAAACCACAGCCGUUGUGAUUUUUAGUGAUCAGCAAUGGCUUCCGAGAAGAAUGUUGGCCUGGUGCUGCUCAACUCCUCGCUGAGCCCCUUUGGGCAGCGGUGCUCCAUCGCCCUAGCUGAAAAAGGCCUCCCGCACGAGUACGUGGAGGAGGACCUGGCCGCCAAGAGUGACCUCCUACUCCGCUCCAACCCGGUCUACAAGCAGGUCCCUGUUCUCCUACACGAUGGUCGUACCAUUAUCGAGUCCCUGAUCAUCCUCCAGUACCUCGAUGAGGCAUUUCCUGACACUCGUCCACUCCUGCCCACUGACCCCUACGAGCGCGCGCAAGCUCGCUUCUGGGCUGACUACGUUGAUAAGAAGGUCUACGGCUGUGGCUCCCGGCUCUAUAUGGUCAAGGGGGAACCACAGGUGCCGGCGAACAUAGAGAUGGCGGAGAUAUUGAAGACACUUGAAGGGGAGCUCGGAGAAAAGGAGUUCUUUGGCGGGGAGCAUGGCUUCGGGUUUCUGGACAUCGCACUUGUGCCAUUCUCCACUUGGUUUGAGAGCUUCGAUAAGUUCUGGGGUGUCAGCGUGGAAGAGGUGGCACCAAAGUUGGCGGCAUGGGCGGCGCGGUGCAUGGAGAGGGAGAGCGUCUCCAAGAACGUCAUCUCGCCAGAGAAGGUGUCUGACUUCAUCGGAGAGAUGAGGAAGGACUUAGGCAUCGAGUGAGUAUGCCAUGCGGUGAUCAUGGAAGCAACGUAAUGUGGUUUGGAAUUCGUGGGGUUUCUUUGUGAAACGAUGUGUUUGGUGGUUGUAUUUAUACAUUAUGUUGUAGUUGUUUGGUAUUUUGUCAAAAUGUAGUAUUUUCGUGGGGCACCUUGGGUUGUCU